AUGUCAACGUCGGGUAAGUGUAUAAUGUUUAAUUUAUUUUAUCCAUAAAAUUUGAUACAUUCAUCUUAUCUGAUUUUUUAUUUUUCAGAAACGACAAAUGGAGCUACUACUCCAGUAGCACCGACAGUUGAUGCUCCAUCUGAAUCAAGUAUUUCGGAAUCUCAGGUUUGUGUUACAUUAAUAUUAAUAAUGUAUAUAAAAAAAAAAAAAAAAAAUGAAACAAUGAAAAGAUAACUUUUUAAUAUAAAUGUUUCAAUAAAGAAGGGUACUACCUCUGAGAAUAAUGCUAAAAGACUGAAAAAGGAUUCCAAACAUAAUGCUCCGAUGCGUCAAUAUUUAGAUCAAACUGUGGUACCGGCAUUGUUAGUUGGCAUGAAGGAAUUGGUUAAGGAAAGGUAAUAAUUUAUAAUUUUUUUUACAUACCUAUUUUAUUUAUAAUAUAUUAUCAGAAUUAUUAUAAAGUUGUUUAUAUAUUAUAUACUGUUAAUAGUGUUUAUUAUUAAUUAUAAUAGCUAUGACCUGAUGAUAUGUUAACAAAUUUGUGUGCAAUAAUAAAAAUUCAUUAGUUAUUUAUAGGAAAACCUCUAAAUAUAAGAAACUAAAGAACAGGCUCCUAUGUGUAGUUUAACUUUUGACUUUAAGAAUUUUCAGCUUUUAUGCAGCUUUUGUACAAUAAUUAUAAUCUUAUUAUCAUAACUUUUCUCCACAUGGCCCAGUUUAUGUUGGGAGUUUUCAUAUUCCACGAUGGCAUAAAUGUUAUUAAUACUUAAUAAUUGUUAUAUUUGUUAAUAUGUUCAAUUUAUUAUCAAUGUAUAUUUCAGUCAAUUCUGUCCGAUCGCAUAGAAUACAUAACACGUCUGGUUGUGAAAUAAUAUUUUUCUAUUGGCUUUUUCGUAUAUAAAGAAUUAUUUUGUUUAUAUUUUAUAUAAAUAAUUUGUCAGAAAUAUAAAUACUGUUAAUCAGAAUAGACUACUUAAUAAUAGAAGAAAACAAUUUUGUUUUUAUUAACAAUUAUAUUUUAUAUUGGGUACAAUUAAAUAUUAUAAAUGAAGUAUGUAUAAAAACAACAAAUGUAUAAGCAAUAGUAAAAUUUUCAAAUAGUACUUGUAUUAAAAAUCCUUUAUUUAUCCUUUUAUUAUAAUACAAUUUAUUUGAAAACAUGAAACAUGAAACAUUUGAGACAUUUGCCUGCUCAUAUAAAAUUUAGAGGUGCGCCUGCUGAAAGGUUAAAUUAAGAAUAAUUGUUGAAUGUUUAGAUAAAAUUCUCUACUCAAAGGUUAUAUUUUAUUACUUUUACUCGUAAUUUAACUUAUCUUUAUUGUCCAGUCAUUGAAAUGUUAUCACAUUAAAGAAAAUAUUUUUCUGGUUUAUGUCAUUUGAAGUUGUCUUAUUCAUAUUUAGUUGUGUUUGUGCCUCCAAUAUACAAACUUAUAUUGUAGUAUGCAAUGGUGAGUAAAAGAAAAAAUUGAUGUUCUCAAAUUUAGUGCGUUCAAUACAAAUAUGAGAUAGUUUAACACUUUAUUUCUUUAUUUUUUUCCUCUUUGAAUACCAGACACGUCCAACUAGUGGACAAAAUUUUAGUGACCAAGGGUAUCCAGUAUUCAGGGGUUUCACUGUAUAUUAUGUUCUUAAAUUAAUCAUAUUUAAAAUUAAUUUUUAUAUUAUAUUUAUAUAGUGUUUUUAGUUUAGUAUCAUGUUUUUUUUUUGUUUAUGGUCUUUUAGACCACACAUCCAUGGUCUCCAUCCAUCACGAUAUAUACGCCAAUAUACGCCAAUCUUCACCUGGGUGUAAGUUUGCUACAUCUCUCUCGGCACAAUCCUCCCAUCAUGUUCAGGGUCUUCCCAAUGGUCUUUUCUCUCUUAGAUUCUCAUAUAGAACCUUCUUUAUCAUAGCUGCAGGUUUCCUCCACAUGUGACUUGCUCAUUUCAGUCUUUUUAUUUUUAUCUCUAUAUCCGGUUUGUUGUACAGGUCACAUAGUUCAUUAUUGUGCCUCUUGCGCCAUUCUCCCGUUUACCUACUGGUCAUGGCAGGGUCCAUAAAUCCUUAAUAUUUUUUUCUCAAUGUACCAAAAUAUUUGAAUUUUGAUACUUUUUUUAAAACUGUAAGAGGACCCUUCUUCUAUUUGCCUUUCAUCCUGUCUUCUUCUGAUUUCCAUAUAUUCUGUUUUCCCAUCAUUAAUUUGAAAUCUCACUUUUUUGCCAUUUCUAUAAGUCUUAUGCAUAAACUUUUCACUGUAUUUUUGUUUUUCCCUAGAAGUACUAUCUCUUCUGCAUACGCUAACAGACUUAUUAGUGUUCUAUACAAUUUUGUCCCUUCAUCUGGUGAUAUAUUCACUAUUCUAACUAUUUUUUCCAGAACCAAAUUAAAAAUAAUUGGGAAUAGUGUAUCAGUUUGCUGAAGACUUGUGUUCACCUGAACCUCCCUCUAUAAUACUUUACCAACCUUGACUUUUACCAUAGUUUUUUUUAAACUGGCUUUGAUUAGUCCUAUAAGUUUUUGUGGGAAAAGAAAAUGUUCUAAAAUUUUGAAAAUACAUUCCCUCUUAAUACUGUCAUAAGCCUUGAUCAAAUUCCCAAGUUUUCUGAAAUAGUUAUCUUAUAAUAAAUAUUUGGUCUAUUGUGGAUUUGUUUCCUCUGAAACCACUUUGAUAGUCCCCUAUAAUUUGUUUCGCAAAAGAUUUGACUCUAUCCAGAAUGCAAUAAGAUAGUAUUUUAUGUCACAUUCACUAUGGCUGUACUGCUAUAGUUGUUACAUUCCUUUUUAUGUAUAGGACAUAUUAAUGCCAUAUUCAAAUCUUCAGGGAUCUAUUCAGUAGUCCAUAUUUUUCUCAAUUAACUUGUGAACCAUCUCGACCAUUGUCUCGUCUCUACAUUUUAGAAUUUUGCCUUGAAAGCCAUCUUUGUCAGGCAAUUUAUGGUUUCUUAAUCUCUUAAUUUGUGACUUAAUUUCUUGUAAUGUAGAUUUUUCAUAACUGCAAUUAUUGAGCUAUCCUUGCAUUCAGUUAAAAUUUUCUUCAGGGUCUUCUUCAUUGAGCAAUGGUUCAAAAUAUUCUGCUCAUCUUUCUGCUAUUUCCAUCUUUGUUGUUAUCAGUUCUCCAUCUUUUUCUCUUAUAAAUCUUUCUUGCCCUUUAUAUCCCUUCCUCAUUUCAUUUAUCUUCUGGUAUAAUUGUCUACUUCUGUGUGCUUUGUGAUCUGAUUGUGCCUCUUCUAUCAUUUUAUUUAUAUAUUUCCUUUUCUCUCUUCUACAGAUAUGAUGUGCUUAUUUUCUUCUUGCAGUGUAUCUUUCUAUUGAGGUGGUUUGUUGUCUUUUAACCAUUUUAAUCUUGCCUCGUUUUUUCUUAUUAGAACUUUGGAAACUAUAUUAAACCAGGGUUUCAUUUUAGAUCACUUUUGUAUAAGUUAUAUAUAUAUACUUUAUUGUAUACAGUUUCAUUUGAUUUAUACGUUAGGGUGCUGAACAUAUAUUGUUUAGAUCAUAAAUUUGGUUACUAAUAUUUAUAGGUACAGAAUUUAUUAUUAAACUAGUAUAGAAUAAAUUGUAGACAUAAAAUUGUUUACUGAUUUCUUAUUAUAAAAUACUAGGAAUGUUAACAUUAAAGGAUCUAGUAGUGAUCAAUUUGUUCAGAAGAUAUUUGAAAUUUUAUUUUUAAAUUGAUAUAUGAGUAGAUGUACUUAUAAAUGCCAUUAUUUUAUAUUUAAAUGCUAAACAUGGGUUUCUUUUUAAAUAUAACUUAAUAUUUACAGUAUUUCUAAGUUUUACUUAUAGUUAGUUUAUAUUUUUAUUGAACACAUAACAACUAAUGGUUUAUUUUGUUAAAAAAUUUGGGAACGCGUUGUAUGCUAUCUACACAAACAUUGAUCACAUUGUAUGUUAUUUACUUAUCUACUUUUCUGACAAUAAAUGUGUCAGACAUUGACGGUGUGCUCUUAUGUUAUAGGUAUAGUUAUCUAUAUGAUACCAACUAAACCCGAUUUCUGGAUAAACUAGUUUAUCCUUUACACCAAAUGUGUUUAGCCUUUAAAACACCGGUAUCUAUACAUUAUGUAUAUAAAUUGUAUGGUUUAACCAGUAACCAAUAUAGAAUAUAAAAUUUACUCUAUUCGGGUUUUUUUUUUAGCGACAACAAGAAUUAAGUCAUUUUCAUACGCAAAAAAAAAAACCAAAGGGGAUACGCGAGUUCCAAAAUUUGAUUAAUUCAAUAUUCUCCCUCUUAAAUUCUUUUCGAACAGAUUCUAACCUCGUCCCCCUUUGAUCUUCAUUUUUUGAUUUUUCUGAAUCAGAUUAUCAAUCAAUCUUAUCUUGCUUUAUUCGGCUAACGACUUAAUGGUUGUCUUUCUAGACGCUAUUCACUAAUCAAUUCUCUCUUAUGUUCCCAAAAUUCCAAUUCGCAAAUUAUCUUACCCUGGCUAUUUCUCCCGCGAGCUCAAAGUCCUCAUAUCUAAAUAAAAUCACGAUCAUGCAAAGUAUAAAAGGCUCGCCUCCUUAUCUCAUUAUCGUUCCUUCUUUAUUAUUUAUGCACGCUAAAAAUUUCUUUCAAAAUAAUGCUUCCGGCGAUUUCUGUUCCCGUACUGAAUACCUUCCCUUAUAACCCCUGCUCUUUCUGGAGGUUUAUCCGUAAAACUCGUUCGUCUCCUCCCAUACAUCUUAAAGCCACUUACGCCGGUACAACAAGCUACUGUGUCUCUGAGGUUACUAACUUUCCUAAAUUCCGGAAAAAAUCCGGAACUAAAUUUCCUUUUAAAAACAUUGCUACCAUUAAAAGUUGGAGCAAAAUUGCUGGUUGAAAAUUUGUGCACAGAAAAAAGAAGAAUAUAUUUUAACUAAUACCUAUAUUUCUUAUAUUUUCCGGUUUUUCUUCAAAUUUGAUGAGAAAACUGAAAAAAUCGAAAAAUUACUUCUCUAAAGUACCUUCCCACGCCGAUUUUCUUUCAAAAAAUGUGCUAUACUUAAAAAUCCGAGUCCAGUCUUCUGGUAGAAAAGUGUUUACAGAUAGAAAAAAAAAAUAAACAACUUUGUAAAACCAUAAGCUUUUUCGCUCCACUAAGAAUUUAAAAUUCGGAAACUCUUUUAACGCCUUUUUACCUGAUAAAGAAGAGACACAGUCGUAUCUCGUGUCUUUAACGUUCUUCUGCAGUUUUUUUCGUUUAUGCAUAAGUAGUUUAUGGUUCCAUCUUUAUUUUUUCGAUGUUGACGGUAUUUAAAACCCAUCGUUAAUUAAAGUAUUUAUUUUUUGUCGUUUCGAACUUAUGUCGUAGGUAAACUAUUUAAACUCACUGAUGUUAAUUGGUUUAUAAUAUUUAGGCAACGAAAUAUAAGAUAAAUAAAUAGGUUUUAUGCUUUAUUUAACUUUAGCUAUGAAUACCUCCCAUACGAACAUGGGGGUUAUUUUUGUUUGUAUUAGUAAUAAAAUAAAGUGCGAUAACCAGCAGUCAGUCGUCCAAUUAGUUUGUGACCUGUAUCCUUGUACAUCGUGUACGCAAAUACGACUAUAAUUCGUUCGCAUGUACGCAAAUGAGACGAAAAUCACAGUGCACGCAAAUGAGACGUAUGCAUAUUCAUCGGAGCCACUAAUUUCUUUUAACUUGUACCUUCUUCCUCUUUACUUCGCGUCGUCACUUUCUCAUCUAUUGAAGUAUUCAAUACCCUUAAAUCUCUACGUGAUAAACUGUCGUGUGGCCCUAAUAGUAUCCAAGAUCACUUUAUCUUCCUUUUAUCAGACUCUCUUGCCUGGCCUCAAUCUCUCUUAUUCACUAAAUCCCCAAGUACUGGAAUUUUCCUCUCUAAUCUCAAACUCGGUUACGUCCCCUUAUAUUCAUAUAUCCGGCGGUCGAGAUGACAUCACCAAUUAUCGAGUAUCAACUAAUUACAAUUCUUCAUCACUUGUCUAAAAUUUUUAAAACUCUAGUUCUAAAUUCUAUCCCCCUUCUUUAAAUCAUAUUUUCAUCAAUGAACAUCACGGCUUCCGCCCCGGUCGCCUUACCACCACCUAUAAUCUUGUUCUAACGUUUUUCAUAUUUGACUCUUUCUACCGGAGCCAAAUAGACGUCAUCUACACUGAAUUUUCCAAUGUGUUUGAUCGCGUUGGUCACUCAAUGCCUAUUAAAACUUUAGACCUGCUCGGAGUCGGUGAACUUGUUCUCUCCUGGCUUCGCUCCUACCUUACACAUAGAAUUCAGUAUAUCAAUUUCCGAAACACUUUGUUAUUAUUCCUCAGGAGUUCCUCAAGGUGCCGUACUUUCUCCUCUUUUGUUAUCACUCUUUGUAAACCCAGUUUCUUCCGUACUUAAGCACUACAAGUUGCUAACUUUUUCUGAUGAUAUGGAACUAUAUCGUCGUAUAUCUCCCCUCACUUACUGUCACCUCUGGUAGUCUGAUUUCAACCAGUUGGUUGCUUGUGGUGAAUCUUUAGGUUCUUCAUCUCAUCAUUUCUAAAUGCUUAGUUAUGAUCUUUUUUCCCUCAUUCUGACCCCUUUAAAAUUAAUCUACCUCAUAUACAACCAAACAAUUGUAUCUUCCGUCUGUACGUUAUCAUUUUAUCUUGGUUUUACCUUAACUUCAACUCUUUGCCCCCUCCAACACAUUGAAACUUUUUGCUGUAAAGCCCUCAAGCUCCUGAGGUUCAUUAAGCUGUUCCUCUUAAGACUGCGCGAUUAUUUCGAUUAAUCGAUUAUUAUAAUCGAAUAUAACUGAAUAAUUGAUAAAAAAUCUUCCACUUUCUUAUACUCGAUUAAUUGAUUAUAAUUGAAAACUAUUAGAAUAAUCGAUUAUUGUGGAAAAAAUAAUAAUCGCGCAGCCCUAGGUUCUUUUCAACAAUUCUGUUUCCCUUCUUCUUUCAAAUCUCUCUUUUGCUUCCUUCCUAUCCUGGAAUACAGAUUUGUAUUUUGAGACCCUUCCACAUCUUGUGGCAGUAUGAUGAUUGGACGUGUCUAAUAUAAGUUUCUUGCUUUAGUUGCCUCCUGAUUCAAUUUUCUUCACCUUCUAUUACUGGAAUUACUAGUAGAGACUGUAUUAAACUUCUUUUUCUUCUCUAAUCUCAUUUGCGGUAAAAUUAAUUCUUCUUUAUUGUCAUAGCUUUCUUUUGAAAUUCCUUUCCGUCAUACCCAUUUUUCCCCGCCUUUCCUCACCCCCUUGUUGUCUAUUAGUUACUUUUUUUAAAUUUCCAAUUCCCCACCUCAUGCAUGUCGCCAACUUCAUGUAAAUUUAUAUAAAUUGUUUUUUUGGGCUUUUCCGUCUAAAUAAAAUUGCUAAAAACAAUAUAGUCACUGUAUUGCUUAUGUAUGUUAUCUUUCAAGCAAAACAAAAAUUGAGUUUACCCACUUUACAUCAUAUUUAUAACACUUGAAAAUUGUGUACUUUUUAACACCAACACUUUAGAUUUUAAUUAAAAAAACACAUUAAAUUUAAUACUUUAGUCUUUAUUAACCCUUUACUGGUAAUGUGUAGUAUCAGAUAACUUCUGAAAUCUGAUUUUGUAUGGCACAGUUAACAAGUUGAGAAAACACUAUAUUUACUCAAUUGACAGAUAUAGAUAUAAGUUAUUGAUUAUUAUCACAGUUUUAUUUUAAUAGAUCUAAUUUUCAUAAAAAUAAUAAAGCUCUAUUGUAUACUGCAUAUUUUUGAUUAAGGGUUAAUAUUGUAUAAUAUGAAAUAUAUAUUAUAUUUAUUUUAAUAUGUUAAGCACAUGUUACAUUUAUUUAAUAUUUAUUCUUUCAUUAAUACAAUAAAAAAAAAUUUAUUUUCAGGCCUCCAGAUCCAUUGGGUUUCCUGGCUGCAUUUUUGUUGAAAUAUAAAAAAGAACAUGUCGAUAAAGACUCAAUUUCAGAAACAUAA